GUCAAGAUUAUUUCAGUCGGCAAAAAUGUUUUGAGACAGCAGGUUGUUAGUACGUUUCGCUUUUAAAAAUAGUGAUGCUGAUAUUAUUUGGCUUAAUUUUCAUGCUGACGGCAUCGCUGUCUACAUCGCAUGAUAUUAAUUGUUUAACAGUCCAGUGUGAUUUACCUGUCUGUAAAUAUGGUACUUACACUCCGAUAGGAGCAUGUUGUCCAGUGUGCAAUCCAAAGAAACCUGGAACAUGUCCUAAACCGACGGGAUUUGGUAUCUGUGUACAGGCGUGCUCCAGUGACAAUGAUUGUCCUGACAGGCAGAAAUGUUGCUCCAACGGUUGUGGUAAAACAUGUCAGAUACCGACACCUGAAUGUCCAAUUACAUGUGUAAGGCCUAACUGUGAUAAUUCUUACACACCAAAAGGCGAAUGUUGCCCAGUCUGUCCUCCAGACAUAUGCCAUGGUAUUUGUGGUGGAAUUGCUGGUUUCCGUUGUCCUGUUGGCCACACUUGCAACUUUACGGGAGAUUUUCCAGAUGCCAGUGGAAUAUGUUGUAAGAAUGAACCGGAGCCAGAUCCAAAACCUUUGAAAGACUGCCUACAGCCAAAGAAAUCUGGUCCAUGUUUAAAAACAACUCCUAGAUACUUCUACAACACAGAUACAUGUCAGUGUGAAUCUUUCUUUUGGGGUGGUUGUCAUCCAAAUGAAAACAAUUUUCUUAGUCUCGCCCAUUGCAAAGCAUCAUGCGAGAUACCAAUGAAAUAUAACCCUGCUUGUGAAGAUCCGAGAUUUCCAGGGCCUUGCAAAGCACGGAUGUCUAGAUGGUUCUAUAACACAACAUCUUGCAAAUGUGAAGGCUUUUUUUACGGCGGUUGUGAUGCCAACGCUAACAACUUUCUUAAUAAAGAAUGGUGUGAAACAAAUUGUAAAUGUUUAGAUGUCUGUAAUCUACCAAUAAAACCUCAUGGCGAUGGUGAUAUCAUGUGCCUUGCCUAUAUUCAAAGUUACGGUUACAAUUCAACAUCAGGCAAAUGUGAGAAGUUUAUCUACAGUGGGUGUGGAGGAAAUGCUAAUCGAUUUGAAACACUUGAAAAAUGUAAACAGCGUUGUGAAUAUACUGAAUGUGGGACUCAGCCUUUAUGCGUUAAGCCAGCAGAUCCAGGUCCUUGUAAAGAAUUUGUUAAAAGAUAUUUUUAUGACGCAUCAGACUGUAAAUGCAAAAUGUUCCGAUACGGUGGUUGCUAUGGAAACAGCAAUAACUUCCCAAGCAAAGAAAUGUGUAAAAAGUCAUGUGGUAGUACAUGUCCAUUAUGCUCAAAGCCAAUUAACGUCGGUUCAUGCAAAACGGCAGAAAAGCGAUUCUAUUACGACUCUAUUACAAACAAAUGUAAACCAUUCAGAGGAUGUCAACCGAACGGAAACAAUUUCAGAAAGAAGAGGCCGUGUAACAAAUUAUGUAAAAAGCCUGUCUGCUCUCUUCCGGCUUUUACUGGCACGUGUAAAGCUGCGAUUAAGAGGUAUUACUAUGAUGCCAUCACCGGAAAAUGUCAUACAUUUUUUUGGGGUGGAUGUAAUUCGAACGGAAAUAACUUCCGUACUCUCAAGGCAUGCGCGAGAAAAUGUAUGAAAUAGAAAUAACUUGUCUGUAAACGGAUCUCUUAAAUGUUUGAUAGAUCGGAAUGUUAUGAAACAAUAAUGUAAAUAUCCAAGAUGUGAAUACAAGGACACGAUUCAAUUACAGUUAUACAGUUCUACAUGUAAAUGACCAUCUGAUAGCAAAAUAUAGAAUAUAUAUAUACAAUACGUUAAUCGCAUUUCAAUAUCUAAUUUUGCAAAAUAAUCGAUUAUGCUGGAAGAUCUUCUUCAUGCGCUCCUUUUAUGCCCAUACCUUUAGACAGAAGGUUUAGAAAUGAAUAUAUUAUAACAUGUAGAGCGUUUGAUUUGGUUUUGCAAGCCAAUACGAUUAAUUCAUGGGAAUAUAAAUUCUUAGAGUUUCAAACUUGAACAUGAAAUGAAUGAAAAUUGCACUGAUUCGUUUUGAUUUAACUUUGUGAAUUGACCCAAUCAUUCAAUUUGCAAAAUAUAGUCCACCGCGAAAAUUAAUGAUUUUACAGUAUAUUAGUCUCGAAAAUUUCGAAAUCAUAAGUACGCACUCGAUCUGCAAAUAAAUAAUGCAGAUGCCAUUACACUUAAGAGGUACACACGUGCCCUGCUGACUGAACCCGUAAUACAAAUGGGUUUUCUACAUGUUUUAAAAUCAUUAAAUUGUGGAAAUCAAUAUAAACGAAAAAUAUCCAAACACUGUCUGUGUAUAUCGCUUUUAUAGUAAAGGACCGUGUUAAUAUAUUAACUGAUAAAAUUGAAGAUCUUUCAAAAGUUGUUAAAAACUGAAUAAUAUUAUUAUUGUUGUUUUUGGUUAACACAAACAGACUUAAGCGUUUGCAAAGGUACUCUACUCAAAGAGUAAAACGCAAAACACUUUUUGUUUGAUAUAAAAUUAAUUAUGUCAUUUUUCAGGUGAUGUCGCGCUACGUAUACACCCAAAACCGUUGAAACAGAAAUAUCUAGACUGCGGUCCUGUAACUGAAUAUUGUUGGAUUAACAAUUUGGUCCGUUUGUCUAAUUAUGAAAAGGUAGUUCGAUCAGUACGCUAUCUCUCACAACUAAAUAAUAAUUUGCAAAUGAGAUCUGCAAUACUCGAACAAUAUGUAAAUAGGAUAUUUAUUAUAUCAUUCUUAUCUUUUUGUAUUUCCUAACAUAAUGAGUCAUCUGAAAUUCUAAACUGAUACUUUAUCACGUUUACAAGCUUUAACAAAAAUGAUAGAAUAUAUCAAGCUGUUCCUGCGAUAAACUGAGAUAUAAAAAUAAGAUUAUCCCUUGCGACGUAUUGUGUGCAUUUAAAAUCGCACGUGUCCUUUUAAGGAAAAUGUCAAGCAAUGUUAAUGCAACAUAUACAAACUGUUUAAGUAAUGUAUAUGCAGCCACCAGUUGUGUAUCGGUAAGGAAUGAAUAUUAUCACUGUAUGACCGUCUUCUCGCGUCGGAUAAACAUGUUUGCGUGACAUCGUUCUUUCAACAUAAAAGUGAUGCCUUCUCAACCUUUUGACUUGCAAGACGGGGUUACCAGAUGUUCAUGCAAAAAAAUAGAUAAGACGACAUUACAAUGCAAGGACGAGAACAUAAAGUCCGAUUAUUUUUUCAAACUUACUAUUAACACAUGAAUGUUCUUUCCAUAAAUAAAUAAAAACGACACAGUUAAAAUCCACAUUAUAUUAUCUCAAAAUUUGAUAAAGUUUCAUGUCUGCGUCUGGACUAUAUUAACAUAAUAAAAGUUUAUCACAA